UCCUAUCACACACAACCAACAAGUGUUGUUCAGACAGUGUAGGGAAUAUGGAAGUAAAGGAUGUGUUCGAGAGAGAGUGAGCGGUUUGAGUUUGGGAACAUGUUUUUGAUCUAGUUUACGAAAUCAUCGAUCAGGUCUAAAACAGUCACAAGGCAUGUCUAAACUUGCUACCGACACAAAUCCGCGUCAUGUGAUAUCGUCGCCUCCCAGCCAGUAUAAAAGCUGUCCGAGUGGCCGACUAGGAUCAGUCUACUGAUAUCGACGUAGCUGUACUGUGCAAGGACAGGUUGAGAGAGAGUUACCCAAGUACAUCACUUAAUACAACAGCCUGGUUAUAAACAGAUUCAACAUGGCUUUGCUUCCUCCUGGUGGACUUCCGGAGAUUGUCUUCUCCUUUGACACAACCGGCUCCAUGAGCAGCUGUUUGGCCGAAGUCCGAGGUCGACUCCAGGACAUGAUACAGCGGCUCCAGGCUGACAUCCCCGCCAUCAGAAUCGCCGUCUUCGCACACGGUGACUACUGUGAUGGAAGUGAAGCAACCAAGUGGGUCGACUUUUCCACUGACGUCAAUGAACUCUGCAAAUUCGUUAAAAACGUCAGAAGCACAGGGGGCGGAGGAGACGGAGGCGAAUGUUACGAACUCGUUCUCAGACAAAUUGGGGAGGAACUGUCAUGGACGCCGGGUUCAAAUCGGGCUAUUGUCCUUAUUGGGGAUGAUUCACCACACGCACCAAGCUUCAGUGGAAAUAAACUGAUGAUAGAUUGGAGGAAAGAGCUAAAAACACUGACCAACAUGGGAGUCAAGAUUUACGGUGUUGAGUGUGGAUAUGGAGGUAUACCAUUCUACACAACCAUAUCAGCGGAGUCGGGAGGCCGCUAUCUUCAACUCAAAGACUUCUCCAACGUGUUUGAUCUCCUCAUGGCCAUCUGCUACAGGGAGCAGGGGGCAGAUAUGUUGGAGGCCUAUGAGAAAGAGGUUCGAGCCCGCCGUGCUGACGGUUCUCUGAGUGAAGACGUGGAAGGAAUGUUUACUGCCCUACGCGAUGGAACAACCGUCACUUCAACGUCGAAGAAGGUGACAAACUCUCGUGGCAAGAAAGUCGAUACCGUUCCAGUCUUGUCAAAACCUGCAAGAAAAAUCACAACCAGAAAAUCAAAACCUACUCCCAUCAGGAAACCAAAGCCUACAAAGAUAAAGACACCAAGCAAGAAAACAUUGCUGAAUAGAGAGGAGAUCCCAGAGGACAACUUCGCCCUGAAAGAUAUGGACUGGUCACCCUGGAUCAAAGUUAUCUCCCCUAGGCUCCCAGCGAAACCAGACGCAGACAGGUGGGAGAAACGCUGGGGUGAUGUUAAAACUGGCUUCAGAACCAAGAAAAUCUUCAACUCUAUGAAGAGCAAGCCAGCUCUCUAUGAAAUCGGUGUUCAGGUGAGCCGCAAUGGGCGAAGGUUCGUGGUCUUGAACACACUCUGCCGCCAUCUUCCGGACAAUGCUAACUGGGAAACCCGCCUCCUUGGACACAGGAUUGUAAAAGCCCAGGUGAACAAAGUUGUGUCUCAAGGUUGUAGUGUCUUCGUGCGAAGGGCGGAAUACAAAACUGUCAAGAGUCACGAGAAAAAUGUCCAGUCAGCACUACUCACUUACGACUAUGCCUGGAGACGUCUUCGGAACACACGCACGCGAGCUCGACAUCUUGUUAAACAAGGCUGCACCAUCUCCUCAAACAAAUGGUGACGUUUAUCAUCUCACUCCGCGUCAGUGGGAGCGGCCUCCCUCGGAUAUACUCUGCAACUGUUGUGCCAAGAAACAUUCAAGUUGGUUGAAUUAUGAAGCUAUGAAACUUUAUUUUCACCACAAUUCAUCCACACCUACAACAGAGAACUGCUCCCAACUCACUAGUCCAUACAGCUGCUUUGCUCAGCUGUCAUGAUUCGCUGAUAAUGAGUUCGAAUCCCAGAUUCUCCCUAAUCAACGACCAUGGUUUGUCAGCAACACGUGUAUGUCCGUGGAUGGCACCAAUGUGAUGAAUGUCUUGGACCUGCAUUACUUCAGACUUUCUUCCCAAAUAAGCUGAUACGUUUUGUAUAUAGUCAUCGCCUGUUUCACAAUGGAUUACGCACUACAUACCUGUGUUGUUUGUAUAUAAAUGUAAACUAAGUAUAUACAGAAGAACAUUGUUGUUUUUGU